AUGUCGACAGCAAUAGAUCAGAGACCAAGCUGGCAAUGGGCCCUGGGGUUGCCCUUGGCCGCGGCAGGUCUCUUGGGUUAUCUCUGGGCAGGCCCAAAUAACGCAUUCACCACGAGCCAGCACGCGGGCUCAAGGUACAGCCCGGCGGCUUCAGUCACGAUAAACCAGGGCACCGUCCUCGGCAGACUGGUCACCGACGGCACGUUCCCCGAACCAGUUGAGGGCUUCAUGGGGAUCCCUUACGCCCUCCCUCCAGUAGGGCAACUCAGGUUCCGUCACGCCGUGCCUGUGCCGUCGGGCAACGACACACUACGAGCGUUUGAGCUUGGCCCCAGAUGCCCGGGAAAGCAGCUCGUCCCGUUCACGAACGACGAAUGGCUCGGCCCGGACUGGCAGAGCGAGGAUUGCCUGACCAUCAACGUGUACCGCCCCAGGGGCCACACGGCAGAUGAAGGCGGCCGGAAGCUGCCGGUCGCGGUGAUGAUCCCGGGCGGCGCCUUCAACCGCGGCGCGGCGCGCAUGCACAACACGCCGUCGAUGCUGGCGUGGUCGGAGGAGCCGUGGGUCGGCGUGUCGAUGCAGUACCGGGUCGGCGUCGCCGGCGGGUUGAACACGGCGCUGACCGAAAAGGAGGGCCUGCUGAACCUCGGGCUCAAGGACAUGUACGUCGCACUGGAAUGGGUCCAGGAGAAUAUUGCUGCCUUUGGCGGCGACCCGGACCAUGUGACCAUCAUGGGGUUGUCUGCCGCGGCACACGGGAUUGGGCACCUCAUCAUGGACGUCAACCAGAAGAAGAAGCUCUUCCACAAGGCCAUCAUGGACUCCGGGGGCCAUACUGCCCGCGUCGUGCACCCGCCCGACUCCAAACUCAACGAGGCGCAUUUCCAAGAGUUCCUCGAGCUGACUGGGUGUGGCAACCGCCCCGAGCACGAGAUUUUGCCCUGCCUCCGGGCCCUUCCCUCCUCGACCAUUAUCGAAUCCGGCCAGACGGUGUACGAGAGAUCGAACCCCUCCGUCCGCUGGGCGUGGCAGCCCGUCCUCGACGGGGACAUCAUCUCCAGACGCCCCAUCGACGCGUGGAAGUCGAACAGGUGGAACAAGGUCCCCAUCCUCACCGGCUCGGCCCACAACGAGGGCGCCAUGUACGUUCCCAGGACGGCUUCCACGCCCGGCGACUUUACGGAUUUCUUCCGCACCCUGCUGCCGCAGCUGUCCGAGGCGGACCUCGCGGAGCUGAACGCCCUCUAUCCCGAUCCCUCCACGGACCCCGGCUCCGAGUACGUCGAGACGCGGCCCCUCGACGUGGGCUCGCAGUACAAGCGAGCAGAGGCCGCGUACGGCCACUACGCGUACACCUGUCCGGUGCGCCAGACCGCCGUCUGGGGCAGCAGGCACGCCGGCGACCCUCCGGUCUACCUGUACCACUGGGCCCUGAACAAGACGGCCCUCUACGGCGCCAACCACGGCGACCAGAUGCGCUACCAGACGUACAACGCCGAGGUGAGGUCCAUCUCACCGAAGCAGGACGAGAUCGCCGCCGCCAUGCACGCCUAUGCCACCUCGUUCAUCGUCCACGGCGACCCGAACAGGUUCAAGGCCAGGUCCGACGGCGGCCUGCCCGAGUGGCUGCCGUUCGGCGGGGGCAGGCAGGGCGAGGAGGCCGGCAAGACGAUGGUCCUGGGCGAGGGCAACAAUGAACGCGCCGGCGGUUCCGGCCUGGGGACGACAGCUCGGUUUACGGCCUACAACUGGGCGGAGAGGGAGUGCGACUUUUGGUGGAAGCUAACGGAGAAGUUUGAGGAUUAG